AUGUUACCGAACGCUAGCCCAGUUUUUGCGCGCGCCUGUCUUGGAUUUUGGCCAGCAUCGAUGGUGGUUUUUACAUUCCUAGCGCUGCUGGGCAGCAGCACCGCUUUCGAGUACGGAGAGCUCGCAUCAUUCGUGAGGCGUCACGGCGGACGAGUCCACCGGUCACUGGCGCUGGCAGACCCAGCCCCGUGUGGGUCGCGCGGCCUCGUCGCGGAGAAGCCCAUCCCUGAAACCGACGCGCGCACGGGACCGCUCGUCGUCGUCCCGGCGUCGCUCGAGAUAAAUGCGGGGCGCGCUAGAACGGCGAUGGCGAACGUGCCUGGCAUCGGAGAACUGGACAACGGCGCGGUCGUUGUGCUUUGGCUGGCCGCGCUAGACGCGGAGCGACGGCGUUCCCGCGAGGACACAUUCUGGGGCCCGUACCUGCGAAGCCUGCCGCAGGACAUUUUAGAAUUACCCAACGGGUGGGCGCCGUUAAUAAGCGGCGACUCGGCGAGAUACGCAGCUCUCCUGGAUGCCGCGGCGCGGGGCGACGCUGCAAAACGAGAGACGUGCCAUCAGGAGGCCGAGCGCGCGGCGGCCUACGCGUCGCGCGUCUCGCACGGUCUGGCGCGAGACUUUGGGCAGCAUACUGGAGUCGACGCCGCCGACCUGUGCUGGGCGCUGGGCGUCGUGUCCAGUCGGGCCAUGGGCGGCGGCGAGAACCCUACACUGGUACCGCUUCUCGACCUGUGCAACCACGACAAGGCGGGCGCGCCCUUCACGUCCUUCGACACGUCGGGCGCGCGCGUCGCGGCGCGGCUCAGCGCGCGGAAACGGCGGUCCGGCGACACGUCGUCGAAGAGUGCGAGGACGGCGGUGACGGCUGAGAACUGGCGCAGCGACGGCGACGACUGGUGUUUGUGGAGCUGGCGGAGCGGGACCGCGCGGGCGCUCGCGGCCGGCGACGAGAUCUACGCCGACUACGCGCCGGAAUAUAUCGAAGCCGGCGAGUGGUUCGCAAACACUGGCUUCGUGCCGCCGCCCACGCCGGAUGAAUAG